UUAAUUCAUUUCAAUGAAUACCUCCUGGCCUAAUCCUCUUUUGCAUUGGUUCCUUUCGACAUUCAUAUUAAACAGAGUAGAAGUAUCAUUUGUAAGAAGAUAUCAUUCUGAAUAGUGUUACAUUUUCAGUGUCGUGCAUGUGGUCAAAAGCAAUACCUCUACUUAGGCACAUACAUACAUACAUGGAUGAAAAUUAGUUUUUAUGUAUACAGUUACAGAUGACUGAGUCGUCGUGAUCAUCCCUAUGUACUCAAGGGAGUACUUAGUUGUUUAUAUAGUUGAUACUUAGGUGAUGACAGACAACUGAUGAUUGAGUAUAUGCUGGAUUGGCAGCACUAUCUUUCUCCAGCACACUAAUGAAGAACUGUACCAGCUGUACCUUCAUAUUUUUUUAGAAUAUGAAUACAUUUAUGAACUAAUGUUGACAGCAGAGGAACCGCUUGACGCGGUGUGGGUCACGAUUUUGGAUGUUGGCACUGUAUUUUCUUCUGUUUUUCUUCACUUUUCACCGGCAGUCUCCUUACUAAUCCCAGCUGUUUACCGGAAAUGGCGUCUGCGAAACAGCAUAAACAGCGGCUCUCCCACAAAACAAGCGAGAACAAGAACAUCAUCCACGGUAUGUGUAGAGGACUUGCAACUACCUGAUCAACUAUCCCAACAAGAACCGGGAACAAGUAGUACUAUAUUAACGUCGACAAGUAGUAGAACUAAAGAAGAUAUUAUAACAAGUAGUACGUCGAGCAGCACAAGAACAGGAGCUAGUAGUACUUCUGUCGGUUUUUCGUCGGAGGAUAGGAAAGAGCAGGAGGAGGUGAUAAUAAAGAACUCGUUGUACGGUUCGGAAGCUGAUGAAGAGCACCACGGGGACGCUCUUAAAACUCGUCGCUUUUAUCAGGAACAAGAAGCCGAGCGAAUAUCGAUAGUCACAACAUCUUCAUGGUCGCACAGAAGUCGCAAUCACAGAAGUCGCAACUACUACGUGGAAGAUACAUCAAGCCCGCCUGAGCGUACUAGCUACAAGAACAGCACGGCUCCUCUACAUGAACAUGACUACCAGUCAGUUCUCUUGUCAUCGCCCGACAACUCCCCAACGAAAACGAAUGUUCCUGGAUCUCCUUCAUUAGGAGUGUCUGCUCCUGCUGUAAUAAUAGAAAAUAUUAUCGCCACCACCAGCCGGAAGAUGAAGAGGAACCGCAGCGACCAGGAGGACGAACAUGGUGAGAACAAGGAGGAGGACGAUGAACACGGUGAGAAGGAGAACAAGGAGGAGGAGGACUUUGAAGAAAACGAUCAAGAUCGGGAACUUCAAGAAGAGAACACUAGUACCUUGCUUCCCACCGAUCUUCCGCCACUUCCGAUCGUGUCUCAAAUCCCGUGUGUCGCAGUUUGGAUGCUCUGGGCAAAUUCAAAAAAAAAUGAAGUCUACUUUUUCAGCUGCGCGAUCGUUGUCGCAGCGGCUGCACUCAACGCGGCUCUUUAUUUAAGGCUCAGCUUUCAAUGGUCAUUGGGCUUGGUCACUGAGAUCGAAGAAGCAACCCCGCCUUUAGAGAACAGGGGAAAAGGAAGGGAAAGGGGAGAGCUUUGGAGGGGGUCUCUUCCGUUCAGCAUCAGUGACCAUUGAGUGCUGAGCUUUAAUUUAUCCUAUGGUAUACGAUGGAGAGAGGUAUCGUGGCCAGCUGCUCCUGUUGUCCGGCUCGGCUCUUGCGUGUCUCAUUCUUUGCGUCUAUUUUCUGCAUGAUGAUGUUGCUGGCAGUGCUCUGUUCGCUGGCCUCUUGGGUUUUCCGUAUUACACAAGUGCCCUCUCCGGGAUGUACACUGGAUUUAGUGAGAAUAAACCAGACGCCCUAGGCAGCCUGACGAUGAAUGUUGCGGCCGUCUGCUGUUGUUCAAGUUGGAUGCUUCAGGGAUACUUCGUUUUAAGGCUCAACUUUUAUUGGUCAUCGAGGUUGUGGUUGGUCACUGAGGUUGGUCACGCGGAAGAGGAGACCCGCCCCCUUGAGACAACAGGGGAAAACUACUAAGGGAAAAAGGGGGAAGCCAUCUGUAAGGGGCCGCGUCCCUUCAGCAUCAGUGACCACUGACUGCCGACCUUUAAUCGUUGCGCAUCAGAUGGAAAUCGUUGUGGCGCAAAUGUCAUACGCCAUCAUCAACUCUCUGGCCUUGUUCUUGAAUAUCUACCUGCGGUUGCGAGUUGGCGUUCCAUUGUGUCAUUCGAAAAUUUGCUGUGGCCGUCGUCACAAACAGCUUCAAGAAGAGUCUUGCUCCCGUUGUCGAAUUUGCUUUUAGUACGAUUAUGGCUCCUUCCGGAGGUCUCCCAUUUCAUUGAGAAGCAUCUUGGACCUCCGUUUUGUAGGGUGGAACCGGGUCCAAGAUGACUUUUGGAAAGGUCUAAUACGAGCAGCAGCCAUCGUCGUGGCAACGAGAACGUCAAGUUGUGCAAGAACAAGACACGAAAAAAUACUAUAAAUAUGUUGCUUCGAUGAAGAAGGGAAAAACUUCAAGAAAUGUUGAAUCACUUAUUACUUGUUGACGAGUGAUCUUGGUAGUAUCCGGGCGACUACGGGCCACAGUUCCUGCGGGGAGGAGUACAUACUACGUUUUUUUAAGUGUACUUACAGUAGUCUGUCUGUCUCCUGCGCUUGAUUUCGAUUUGGGUGGCGACGUGGUGGUGACACUCCAAAAAUAAAAAUUUGGCGCUUAUUAUUGAACAAAAGUACGCACAGUGCGUUGGUUGCACUAGAAGUUGUACAGGGUAAAGAUAUUAUAAUCAAGUUCCCGAUCCCGUCCCUCUGAGGCUACGCACGUCCGCUCGAGUAUGCAUCC